AUGGGUAAAGUCGAGGUGCAUAUAUUUGUCGACGCUAGUCAUGUUGCGUUUUUUGCGGUGGGGUACUUGCGAAUUCUUCACGAAGGAAAUAUUGACGUCAGCUUCGUAAUGGGAACAACCCGUACCGCUCCGACGAAGCUUAUGUCGAUCCCGCGCCUCGAACUGCAGUCAGCUGUCCUGGGCACCCGUCUAUUCAAAUUAAUUCAAGAAUCCCACGAGUUCACGAUCGAGCGGGCGGUGUUCUGGAGCGACUCGCAAACUGUUCUGCAGUGGAUACAUUCAUCGCAGAGGAAAUACAAGGCGUUUGUCGGGCAUCGUAUAUCCGAAAUACUCACCUCCACUGCCCCGGAACAAUGGCGAUGGGUGCCAACUGCGCAAAAUACUGCAGACGCUGCCAUGCGCCCAUUAUGUCCACCGAAAUUUGAUAUCAACAACCGUUGGGUAAAGGGUCCCGACUUGUUAAAGUACCACGAGCAGUAUUGGCCCACCCUAACACUAAAACCGGAAGGCGUCCUACCAGAAGAAAUUAAGACCGAAGCGAUACUACUGGUACAGCCACGUAACUCAGUCAUAGAUUUUUCAAGAUUUGGUUCAUUUUCGAAGCUGCGGCGUACCACAGCUUGGGUGAUGCGUGCAGCGAACCUAUUUCGAAAGCAGCCAAAUAGCGAAGUCAAUCCAUCAACGAGCUUGAGCGUGACAGAAAUAGAAGCUGCCGAAAACAUGAUUUGCAAAUUAGUCCAGCGUGAGUGUUACGAGAGUGAAAUAUCCAACUUGCCAGCGGCGCGCAAACUUAGUAGACGAAGUUCUUUAUACAAGCUGUCACCGUAUGUUGAUGAAAGUGGUGUACUACGACUGAGCGGCCGCAUCGAUGAGACGGUAUACCUACCAUACCAAACGCGACGACCGAUUUUGCUACCACCAGAACACGCAGUGUCGGUCUUAGUUGUCAAAGAAGUCCAUGAGAGGAGCCACCAUCAGAAUCUCGCAGUAACCAUCAACGCCACCAGACAAAGCUCGGGUGACGAAGAGGACGAGCCGCUUACGCCGAACCAGUUCCUGCUCGGCUGCGUAAAUUCCACGCAGACACCACACCCAGUUGAUGAGCAAAUUUGCCUGCGCAAACAAUGGGGAAUAGCACAAAAUCUAAAGGACGGUAUAUGGAAGCACUGGACUUCGGAGUACCUGCCCCAACUUUUGCGUCGCACAAAGUGGCAAGAAAAAGCUACGCCCCUGAAAGUGAAUGACGUGGUGAUAGUAUGUGAUGCAACGCUACCCCGCAGGCAAUAG